AGACAUGGUUGGUAAUGCUGCAGCCUGCGCCGAGAGGGCAACUAGUGAUAUGCUGAUUGGUCCAGACUGGGCAAUAAACAUUGAAUUAUGUGAUAUUAUUAACAUGGACCCUGGGCAUGCAAAAGAUGCCUUGAAGAUACUCAAGAAGCGUCUUGGCAGUAAAAAUCUAAAAAUACAACUUCUGGCUCUUUUUGCUUUAGAAACUCUCAGCAAAAAUUGUGGUGAGAGUGUUUUCCAGCAGAUAGUUGAGCGUGAUAUCUUACAUGAAAUGGUUAAAAUAGUAAAGAAGAAGCCAGACUUGAAUGUGAGGGAAAAGAUACUAAUCCUAAUUGACACAUGGCAAGAAGCCUUGGGGGGACCUCAGGGGAGAUAUCCUCAAUACUAUGCAGCAUAUAAUGAACUGAAGGCUGCUGGAGUUGAAUUCCCACCUCGAGAAGAGAGCAGUGUACCAUUCUUUACUCCACCCCAGACCCAGCCAAUAAUUUCUCCUGUUACUGAAUACAAUGAUGCUGCUAUUGAGGCCUCUUUACAGUUUGAUGCUUCAGGCCUCAGGUACUGUCUCGAUGACAACUGA